CAAAGUCAUCAUACAAUGGAUGAAGGGGUUAAUGCAGCGGAUACACAGCUGGACAUCGCGUCAAAGAAGGAAAGUAAACUAAAGAUGACACGCCCGUUAUCUAUCUUAGAUAUAAACCGCAUUGUUUUCUCCCGCUCAGACACAAGGAGAACCGUCAUCAUGGAAUUCCUCCAAAGCUUCCUCGGUCUUGUCCUUAUCGCCGCAGUAGUUGCCGGAUCAGACCCAGAAAUCGUCACCAAGCGUGCCGUUGAUGUUAUUGACGAGACCAAAGAGACUACCAAACGUCAUCCAGAUGAGCUAAAUCUUCUACUCAAGGAUGAGACAGGCAGUGAUGUCAGGCUUCGCUUGCGCAGAGGCAUCUCUCCUACGCUGUCCGUUGAGAAGGAAGACGGGGUUGAACUGGUCCAACUUAGAGAUGCUGACGAAGACGCUUUCUACGAUGUCCUCAACGACCAGGGUGUUGUGAUGGUCAGAUCGGUGGAACAGGCACCAGGAGUCUUCAAGAGAUCAUUGAGUGGUUCCUUCCUCCACGACGACAAGGCUUACGUCGUUGAAGCUCCAGAGGCACAUUACUCUGCAAAGCGGGACGUAGCGACUGACCAGUCCAAACAUAACUUGAUUAAACGAUUUGACCUUUCUGCUGAGAAAGCCUCACGGGCGAAGAGGGCUUUCGGGAGUCUUGGCGUUGAAGUACACAUCAUCAUCGACUACACUGUAUACAAUGAAUACUACACCAAUGCAAUGCGCAACAAAAACGAGGCGUUGAGGAACAUCCAACGUUAUUUCGCUCACGUAAUGAGUGGCGUUGAUAUCCGUUACGCCAAUCUACAGGAGUCCGACUUUUCGAUCUACAUCAGGGUAAAGGGUAUCCACGUGAUAGAGUCUAGCGGUGAGUCGACGUUCUCUAUGAGCAGCAGUCUGCGAAAUCCAGGCGUCAACGACCAGAAUCUGAUCAAUGCUGAUUUAUCCCUGAAUGCAUUGAGAGACUGGGACAAGGGAAACGGAAGGAACUUCAUCGGCAAGAGUGACCAUGUCAUGGCAUUCACAAUGAAGGAUUUAUACAGCGUGGAGGAUAGACAAGUGAAAAGUGGUACUGUCGGAAUUGCUUUCACAAAAGUCAUGUGCUCUCGAGAUUCUUACUCGGUGAUCGAAGAGGCCGGAGUGUUCAGUUCAGAGGGAACAGCCGCUCAUGAACUUGGACACAGUCUUGGUGCAGCCGACCACGACGGGAAAAAAUCAGCAUCUAGUUGCAGUCAAGAUUCUAAGUACAUCAUGGCGCCCUCUAACGCCAACGUCGUCGACCAAUACAACUACAGGAACCCCUACUUAUUCUCCUCCUGUUCUAUCAGACAGUUCAGGGACUACUUUAGUACCUUGGGAGCAAGUAACUGUAUGUCGAACAAGGCAAGCAAUAGCAUACCCGGCUGGGAGAGGCCUGUUGGGGAGAUGCCAGGCCAGAUCUUGGACGCAGUCGCGCAGUGUAAAGGAAUGCAAGGGGAUAACUCGUUCCCCUGUCCCUUCAACCAAAAGGUGGCGGAUGUAUGCCGCGGCUUGAGCUGCACAACCAACAACGAUGGUUCAAAAUGCUCCACUACGUCUUUGGCGGCAAGAGGCACAUCCUGUGGAGAUAAAAAGUGGUGCGAUGAGGCAACCUGUGUUUCCAACCGAUACGCACCGUCUUUAGAUGAGACCUGUCCUUAUGGCGAUUUCCCCGCCGGAUUCGCCGGCCAACAGUGCGCUUCACUGAUACAGGGGGAACCGUUCAGAUGCUAUGAGAGGGACAUCAGAGAGAGAUGCUGCGGCUCUUGCAAAAAGAUCAAGCAGAACAAGCGAGGUUGUGAAUAUGGUGACCACCAGAAGUUCUGUACUUCUCUCUCUGGUGGUCAUUGUUCGGUUGCAUGGAAUAACUGGCACUGCGGCUGUAAAAAGUGUGCUGGUGCUGCAAUAUCCAACUGUAAAGACGACCCCUAUAUUACAUUUGAUGGCAAGAAAUGUUCUGCUUUCGUUACCUCAUCCAAUUCUAAGUGCUACCAGGACCAGGUCUCUGACAAGUGCUGUGGCUCAUGCAGCAAGGUCGUCAACAAAGCCGAACCAGGAUGCCUCUUCGGCGACAAUGACGGCUAUACUUUCACUCUCGGGAGUCGACAGUUCAGUUGUCCUGACAUGAGGAGGGACCAGUCUUUGAAGAAUGAUGCAUGUACGAACCACAACAGCGCGGCCCUACGGUGCUGUGAAACAUGUCGAGGUUUCUAAUCAUGCUCAAGUUAGCAUUCACGUUUUAAGAUAACAUUAUGUUGAAUAAAAUGAUGCAUCGACGUCGGCGUAUCAGAAAAAGA